GUGCGCAAAAAUUGAUGACGCAUACACGCGCUACACACAAAGAAAAUGGCAGACCACAUGGAGCAGACCCCAGUGACCACCACCUCAGAUUCCUCCAAGACUAGGGAGACCCCCGGCUCGGUCCCAGUCGAGGAAAUGACCUCCAAAGACUACUAUUUUGAUUCUUAUGGACAUUUUGGGAUUCAUGAGGAAAUGUUGAAAGAUGAAGUACGUACCCUGACCUACAGAAACUCCAUGGUCUACAACAAACACCUGUUCCAGGGGAAAGUUGUUCUGGAUGUAGGUUGUGGUACAGGAAUUCUCUCCAUGUUUGCUGCCAAGGCUGGAGCUGCUAAAGUGAUAGGGAUUGAGUGUUCCAGUAUCAUAGAUUUUGGAAGAAAAAUAGUAGAAGACAAUAAAUUCAGCAAUGUGGUCACGCUAGUGAAGGGGAAGGUAGAGGAGGUAGAAUUACCAGAGGGAAUAGAGAAGGUGGACAUUAUAAUCAGCGAGUGGAUGGGAUACUGUUUGUUCUAUGAGUCCAUGUUACAGACCGUCAUAUACGCCCGAGAUAAAUGGCUGAAACCCGGAGGAUUGAUAUUUCCAGACAGAGCCACCCUGUAUGUAGCUGCCAUAGAAGACAGGCAAUAUAAAGACGACAAAAUCAACUUCUGGGACAAUGUGUAUGGAUUUGACAUGAGUGCCAUCAGAAAGAUAGCCAUCUCAGAACCAUUAGUUGAUGUAGUGGAUCCUAAGCAAGUGGUGACCAACUCCUGUCUCGUCAAGGAGAUAGAUAUAUACACGGUCCAGGAGUCGGAUCUGACUUUCACUGCCCCCUUCCACCUACAGUGUCGGAGGAACGACUACGUCCAUGCUCUCAUUACAUUCUUCAAUAUUGAGUUCACAAAGUGCCACAAAAGAACAGGAUUUUCUACAGCCCCUGAGGCACCCUACACACAUUGGAAACAGACUGUGUUUUACUUUGACCUGUUAGACUUGACUGUGAAGAAGGGAGAAGAAAUUCAGGGAACUGUCAGUGUCUGCCCGAACAAGACCAACAAGCGUGAUCUUGACUUUUCCAUUGAGGUGGAUUUUAAAGGAGAGCUCUCUGAAAUGAAAGAGACAAUGAAGUACAAGAUGCGUUAAAAAGGACAGCUGUUAGCUCCCUUUGUAGAUGCCAGUGAGCUCCCGUUAGUUGGAGGAAAACCCUGGAGCACAGAACUCAUCACUGUGUGACAGUGAUCUAUCAGGAGAAUGAGACUCUAGGCUUUUAUCCACAACUCUGUGCUUUCAUUGUCUUUGUAUUAUGAUGUUUUAUCAGAAUCAAAUAACUUUAGAACUUACAAUGUAAUGUAAUGAUAAUAAUAUAAUGUAUAUCCUGAUUCAGCAAUAUUAUGUAGAAAUGUCCAGUACCAGAUGAUUAUGUUUUUGUGUCCAUUCUUAUGGUACUGAUAGAAUACAUUCUGAUAAAUUUUGUCACAUUUAUAUGAAAUCAUUUUAAAAGUCACCAACACUUGGUACAACACAGUACUGCAUGAGAAAAUAAUAUUGAGAUUAGAUAAUGUAAAAAUGUCCUGAUAUUUAGCACUGACAUAAGUGUGGAAUAGCUAUGUAGAUUGAUGGUUGUACAAUAAUGCCAUGUUACCAUGACAUUACAUAGGGUACAGGAUCUAAUUUUAUUGCAUCAUUGACUAAUGCUGUUAUAAAAUUUUUGUUUUUUUUCCCUGUAACUGAAGAUAAUUUUGUUUAUUUUCUACACUCGAUGCUUGUCAGGCUUCAGAACUUCAAAAAUAAAAUCAUUUGUAAAGUC